UUGCAGCACUCACUCACUCAGCCUCCUCGGCUCGUUUUUAGUUGAAUAAUUUGUAGAAAAAUAGGUCGCCUACGCUCGCUGAACCCGGCGAUACUGUCUCGCCUUUCUGUUUAUCUGGACUGCGGUGGCGGGUCGCGCUUUCCUGGUCUCGCUGGCUGGAUUUGGUCGGGGAAGCAGAGGGGUGGGGGGGAGUACGGAGCUAGUCCCGAGCGAUGAUGGAGCUGGAGUCGGCCAGUAACAGAGGAGACCUGGGAGCAGCCAUGGGUGACUCGCUACAGCCGCAGACUCCGAGCAGGCACGAAAAGAGCCUGGGACUGCUGACCACCAAGUUUGUUACUUUACUCCAGGAGGCGAAGGACGGAGUGCUGGAUCUAAAAGCUGCGGCAGACACCUUGGCGGUACGGCAGAAACGACGAAUCUAUGACAUCACUAAUGUGCUGGAAGGAAUCGGGCUGAUAGAAAAGAAGUCCAAGAACAGCAUCCAGUGGAAAGGUGUUGGUCCAGGCUGCAACACCAGGGAGAUCGCUGAUAAGCUGAUUGAUCUGAAGGCUGAGCUAGAUGACCUGGCUGUGCGAGAAAGCGAGCUGGACCAGCAGAGAGUCUGGGUCCAACAAAGCAUCAAGAAUGUCACUGAUGACUCCAACAAUAGCCCUAUGGCAUAUGUAAAACAUGAAGACCUCUGUGGAGCUUUCAAAGGUGACACACUCCUAGCAAUCCGUGCUCCCAUAGGUACACAACUCGAGGUGCCUAUACCAGAAGCUGUCCUCAAUGGACAGAGAAAGUACCAGAUCCGUCUGAAGAGUUCAUCUGGUCCCAUUGAAGUUUUAUUAGUCAAUAAAGAUCCCUCCAGUGCCUCUCCUGUCGUUUUGCCCGUCCCUCCUCCAGAUGACGUCCUUCAGAACCUCCCAGCACCAACGCCUACCUCCCAGAUGCCCACUACUGCCUCACAGGUCCCGAAAGCAGCUCCACCCACUCCCACGAAACCAGCUCCCGCAACAGCAUCAGCUCUUACAGCCAACCAGACAGAGGUGACGGGCACCACGCCACUCACCCCAACAACAGAAACACCUGCUGCAGCUACUCAGCAACUACAGUCGUCCGCCUCUUUGGAUGGAUCUGCAUCCUCUUCUGCUUCAGCAGUCUUUGAACCAAUAAAGUCAGAUCCAUCUGAGUUGCUGGACUUUCCCAAAGAGCUCUCUGAAAUGUUUGAUCCAACGAAAGAGAUAAUGAGUGGAGACCUGCUGGAGGACUUGAUGUCAUCAGAAGUGUUCUCGCCUCUCCUGCGUCUGUCCCCUCCUCCCAGUGACCACGACUACAUAUACAACCUGGACGAGACAGAAGGCCUCUGCGACCUCUUCGACGUGCCCAUCCUCAACCUCUGACCCCCAAGAUUAUGGAAAAACAGUUUCCCAAAUAAGCUCAACCUUCAGAAGAGGGGCGGGAAAGCCAAUUAUGAUGUACAAGGACACCUCUGCACUGACGCGCUGAGUCCAGGCUGAGCCCGGCAUGAGAGCACGAGCUCCAUCGUCAGCCUUGUGACGAAAUACAGGCGAGAACAAAACAUUUUACACAAUGCUUUUCCAAGGAGAAAGAGUCGUAAUUCUAUUUUUGGAUUGUAUUGUUAAGCUCGUUUGCGUAUCAGCUUUCCUGUGUGCUUGUAAGCAAAUGUGUGUAGGUAUACCUCUUUAAAUGAGUGUGCCUUUGUGUGUGUGUGUGUGUGUGUGUGUGUGUGAGUGUGAGUGUGAGUGUGAGCGCGCUUUUAUAUUAAACGACUUGAGUCAGACAUCGCCAGGAAAAACAAAAAAGAAACCGCUUUUUUUUCCCAUAUCAGGUCAAGAUUCACAGCAGACGUACGGCUUCGCUGAGUCCAGACACAGCUGGUUAAAUGUGCACUGUCCUCAUGUACAUAGAGAAUAUAUAUUUUGUAUUACCAGCACACAUUUAUGACACGUCAGAGUAAUAAUUUGCAAAAAAAAAUAAAGUAACCAGACUCAAAUAAUCUCAGCACAUGGGAAUUCGCUUUAAACAAACCUUUCAGUAUUGGAAGUGUCGUGUGCCAGUUUUAAAAAGCCAAUAAACUUUGUAAUAUAAAGGACCAAAAAUACAGCGAUCGGGUGUAAAUUCAAAAGUUAAUCCAUUCUGCAUGUAAAAUACAAAUAUUCGCCUGUAAACUCCACUUAAUGACUACUUUAUUCUCAAACUGGUUCAACAUUAACACUUCUAAACUGAGAGAUUUGAUUGUGAGGGGAAAAGGAAGAAAAAAAACGCUAGCUUAUCGUGUCAUCACACCUCCAGAUGUUUGUACCUUUUUAGAUUUUUAUUGGCUCCGUUUUAACUUUGCGGAGUCAGAGGAAUAGCUUUUUCCAAAAAAAAACAAGUGCUACGGCUAUUGUGUUUCAGUUAUAAAUUAUGUAUAUGAAUACCAGUGUACUAAGUUUGUUUGUAUGUAAUGUAUGCAUUUGAUGUAUUUUUACUGAUACGGUGAAUAUAGUCACUGUGUCAUGUACUAUGUAUGUAUUACUUUGUAUAUGUGGCACACAUCCCUAAUAAUUUUCCUGUUUUUUGAAUAUUUCGCCUAUCACUUUAAAUUUAAUUUGUCUACUGGAUGAUUAUUGUGUGCAGGGGACAGGUGAGUAGCAAAUCAGGAUGAGUAGUUACUUUCUUGGUUUUCCUCUAUAAAAUCACUUCUUGUGUAAUAAUGUCUCUUUUUUUUUUUUUUUUGGCCCGGCUGACGUGUAUGUACUGUGUAUAUUCCUCUCUACUGCUUGUAUAGAAUAGCAUUUAUUUUUUAUACCAGCUAGAUACAUUAUUACAGGUUCAAUGCUACUAAUUUUAGGGCUACACUUCAAAUUUUAAGAAAUUCGCCGACAAAACCUUCUUGCUUUUAUCAAAGCAUUCUGUCUCAUUGUUGCACUUUUCACGUCACUGUGGACGGACUGGUUGCUACUCACCGUCUCCUUCAUCAGUGGCCAGCGAUUGUGUUUGGAUGGUGCCGUGAGCAGCGGGGCGUCCGACCAGCAGUGGGUUGAAUGAAUCAUGUCUGUGUGAGAGACUCGCGCAUUUUUUUUUAAACAGGCCCAGAGUUGCUGUAGUUGCAUCCAAUGAAACAAAAUAAACACUUUGGUAUUGUUUUGCGUAUUGCCUUCCUUGUUAUUCAGGGGACCUGUCACAUUGUGCGGUGGUUUCCUGUGUAAGACUGCGAGAGUAAGUGCAGCGAAAUGCAGUUCGUGUUUGCAUUUGAGGACUUGCGUAUAUUUUUCUACCUUUGUCGGAGCUUAAUAAUGACCGCAAACCUCAAAAGAAUAAAGGUGUAAAGGUCUCUGA